AGGGAAAAGAUAUCAGAAUGUUUGUACUUAAAAACCCAACUACGAAAAAGAUGCUGUGCAAAGUGUAAAUAAAAACUUAAAGCACUGAUUUGCAAACCUCAUGAAAUUCACAAUAUAACAUAAGAAAUUUAUGAAAUGUUUAAAAUGAGAUCAUCUACAAUUUUAAGGGGAAAAUUGUGUCAUUUUGAAUUUGAUGACUGCAAUACUUCUGGGAAUUGAGAAGAUCAGCUUCUGGGUUUUUUGAGAAGGGAAUGUUGUCCAAUUCUUGUCUGAGACUGGACCCUCACUGCUCAUCAGUCUUGUAUCUUCUUUGUUGUAUGCUAUGUUUCAUGACAGGCCAAAUUUUCAGUUUUUGGUUGGUGAAAUUUUUGACUGCAGGCAGGCCAGUUCAGCCCCUCGACUCUUCUGCUGCAAAGCAGUGCUUUUGUAAUUAGUGUAGUAUAUGUGGUUGACCAUUGUCUUGCUGAAAUAUGCAAGGCCUUUUCUAAAGAAAGAUGUCAUCUGGAUUGGAGUAUAUGUUGCUCUAAAAUACGUAUAUACUUUGCACCAUUGGUGGUGUUUUUUUUUUCCAGAUGUGAAAGCCACUAGUUCCAUUAAACUGAAUGCUGACAACAAGCCAGCUUUUGCGAGACUUUUUCUUUUCUUUUUUAAGGUACGUUUGUGUAAAGUACAUCUUCUCUGUUUAGGACUUUCAUUCCCGGGCCUGUGGUAUAUUUACCUUCAAAACCAACAGAAAAGAGCUCCAGAUUUACAUUGAUAAUGUCUCUUUGCAUUUCUCCAUUCCGUUUCUGAUCAGUCUAAACAGGUUUUAAUUAGUUGAAAAACAUUGCUAUAGCACAAUGCUGCCACUUUUAUGCUGCACUGUAUUGAAUCAGAAUCAGAUUAUCUUUAUGUCACAACAAAAUUAAGUGCAGUCCCUGCGGUGUCAAGGGAAGAAAGUUUAAAUAUAUUUACAAAAGAAGUAUAAAAAAAGAGUUAUAACACAGUCAUUAGGUCAUAAAUAGAACCCUAAUCCACAUAAACACUCUUGCACAGAAUGUCACCCAUUGCACAGUUUUUGUCAGGUUAAUUGUUGAUGAUUACUUGUGAUUAGUUGUAAUCAGCUAAAAAUAACCUGAUAGCUAAUCUUAGGUACCCCCCACCCCCCCAACUGAUGAUUCAUAGAACUGAGACCAACCAUCUGGCCACUGCCAUAAGAUAUGUUGGAGUGCUGCACUGAGAUUGUUUGCAGGAUUUCUGAAGCUUACUCAGAAUGAUCACCAGAUAUUUGGUCACUUCACUUUCAGAGGCCUAUCAGAUCAUUAGUUGGUCAACCAGGCCAGCUCUAGGAAGAGUCGUGUUUGUUCGGUCUCAGAGCUCUGCAGAAAUUGCUUUAGUCUCGUGAUUUGAAAUUUCUUCUGCAGCUGCAUGUGCCUUGGUUAUCUUACAAAAUAAUUUAACAUGACUUUAUCUGGAUAAAUCUUUAAUUUCAGGUAGUUUAGAAUAUCACAGCUGAAAUUACGUUGAAUUUUUAAAAAGUCUGAAUACUUUAUAAACAUUUAUAAAAAAAUUAUGUUUUAAAACCAUUAAGUAUGCAAUGGUUAAUGAUGAGGGAGAAAAUUAACAUAAACAAAUUUUGUUUUAGGGUGUAAAGAGAAAGAGUCAUUGUUUCUGAAUGUGAUGUAAAUAAUUGUCACAUCAUGACAACAUGAUACUGGAUAGUCAUUAAGACACAUGACAAAACCAGUAAAUAUUUUGUCAUUGAAAUAUCAUUUUAUGUUUGUAUAGUAAACCCAGGUGCUGAAACACACAACUGACACAUCAGUGACAACUGACACUUGUACAGAAUUCCACCACAAUCUUAACAGAUGAUGGUUUCUCAGUCUUUAAAUAUCUUACAUAUUCACUCUCCUUAUUUGGUUGGAGUCCACAGGGAGGUUUUUCAUUGACUCCGAGAUGAAUAUGAAUGUAACAAUAAUGAACUGUGAAAAGGGCAGAAGUCUUUGAUGAAAUCUACUGGCAAUAUUCAUGUUUAUUAAAAAUAUAAUACACAUAACAUAUAAAAAACCCUGCAAUCUUUUAAAAAGUGCACAGUGGUCUUUAAGUCUUUGUCCCAGAAAUUAAAGGAAGCAGGAAAUGCUUCAGCCGUGGGUUGUGCACAUGGGAGGGGCAAAUAUAGGUGUCACACUUAUAUAUUUGCCACUCACCUAUGGUUGGGAGAAUAGUCUAAAAAGAGGGACACACAAGAACUGUACAGUUGCACAAUGGCGUUGAAGGAGUGGAUUCAUUUAUUGGCUUUGUUGAGCCUCCUGUCUGCAGAAUCAAAUGCUCAGCCUGAUGUAUGUGGCACUGCUCCACUCAAUGGCAGGAUAGUCGGAGGUGAAGAUGCUCCACCUGGAUACUGGCCGUGGCAGGUCAGCGUGCAGAUAUUUGGUGAACAUUUUUGUGGCGGUUCCCUCAUCAACAAAGAGUGGGUGAUGUCUGCUGCUCACUGCUUCUCUGGUUCAAGUCCGUCUGGGUGGACGGUUUCUCUUGGUCUUCAGAGUCUGCAGGGUGAAAAUCCAAACAAAGUGUCCAGAAAUGUUGUCAAAAUCAUUUUGCACCCAAACUACGACAGUGUGACCAACAACAACGACAUCGCUCUGCUCAGACUCUCCUCACCAGUCAGAUUCACUGACUACAUCAGACCUGUGUGCCUGGCAGCGAGUGGCAGUGUGUUCAACAAUGGCACUGAUAACUGGGUGACUGGCUGGGGUGCAGUCAAAGAGGGAGUGGCCUUACCCUUCCCUCAAACGCUGCAAGAAGUGGAGGUGCCAGUUGUGGGAAACAGACAGUGUAACUGCCUGAAUGGAGUGGGCACAGUCACAGACAACAUGAUCUGUGCUGGUGUUCUGGCAGGAGGCAAAGACUCAUGCCAGGGAGACUCAGGAGGUCCAAUGGAGUCUACUCCAGAGUGUCCCGUUACCAGUCCUGGAUCAAGUCCCACAUUCGCUCUAAUAGGCCAGGAUUUGUGCAGUUCAUCUCCAGCGGGCUGGACUCAGACAGCAACUACACCUGUCCUGGUCUCUAACAAGACCCUCAAGGAGAUAAUAGCAGCGUCUUCAUGGUUCCAAGUUGCUGUCGUAACAAUCAGUGGACGUAAAGUGAGCCAUGCAGAUGUUGACAUCUUUACCAACACCUGAAGAUUUGGGUCAUUCUUACAGGAGAUUGUUGGUGAAACAUCAUCUCCUGCAGCACUUUUGACAAGAUUUCACCAGAUUACUGAUUUUCCUUAUUGCUGUCUUUUGCUGUCCUCAUUAUCUCCAUGUUCCUGUUGUCCACCCAUUCAUAUUUAUUUAAUGUACUGAUGAUGCUCAGAUCAAAAUGAAGAAACUAAUUCACAUAAACAUUUCAAAAGAAGUUUACAUUUCUAACUAGAAAACUUCAUUAUUUUGAAGUGUUUUGAUGUGUUUCUGUGAGCUAAUUAUACAUAAAUAUGUCUAUUCUGUGCAUUCUGAU